GAAUGUUAUAAGUGAUCGUAAAACAUAUUGCAAUUUCUGCCCAUUUGUGAACACUAAUUUUCGCUUAUAUAUAUGCAUUCCAUUGACUUUCAUCUAUCAAAACAACACACAGAAGUGCGGGAGGAUGCAGGAAUUCGAUAUCAACCAUAUUCUUUGGUUCCUGCAGCAGUAAUAGGUACUGCACAAUAGCUGAUAGGGAAAUUUGAGAUCGAGUACAAGUUUCCGCCAAUCUGCAAAGAAAUUUAUCGAAUGACAGUCGUUGAAAUGUACGCGAAGCUUACUCGGUAUGCCAAAAAUCACUGCAUGAACCAUGUAUUUAAGCGUCCUAUCACACAAGCAAUCAGUAAAUGCUCAAGAACAAUAUCGAACAAUAAUUUUCAUAUAAAUUCAUCCAACAAGAGCAAAAUAAGCAGCGAAAUGGCGUCUACUGCGUUUGCUGGACGACUAGGGCAAUGGAUAAAGGCACACACGGCCUUAUGGAGAGGCUGAGCACUUCUAGGUCACUUCCGCGUGUUGUGAUUGGUUAUUUCAAGUUUGCGUAUGCGUGGCGGCAAUACGUGAGUAGUGUUAAUUGCCGAAAGAGGGGUGAAAGUUGGUUGUUUUGUAUUGAUGAAUGACGUAGUGGUGGAUAUAUUUAACCGCAUAUUAAAAUAUCAACAUUUUGAAACUUGGGAUGAAUUUUAUGCAGCGUUUAAAGAGUUUAAUAAGCUCGCAAAUACUCAUUAUGUAGUGAGAAGCAGUCGUAAAGAUCAUGAUAAUAGUAUUCUGCACUAUAAACGUGUAAGUUAUGUAUGCACCUCCGGUCAAUUACGGCGUAGUCGGUCCGAAGGGCUUAGGCCUGGAAAACCGUAAGUGCAUAUAUGAGUUAUUAGUUUUUUUAUAAGUUUUAAGUGUAUGGGUUGUACAUCUACUUUCUGUGUUAAUUCAGUUGAUAGAUGCCUGAAAGUAGGUGAAAUGAAGGGUGCACAUAAUCAUCCAUGUACAAGAGAUUUUAUGAUAGUAGACAGCAGCAGACGUUCGUUAACGGAGGAUGAGAAGACUCAAGUAAAUAGUAUGAUUAAAUAUAUGGUGUCAACUUCUGAACUGCGGGAUGCAGUAUUCUUGAAAUUCGGAAAAUUUCUAUCUCGAAAGGAUGUAGUUAAAUUGAGAGAAGUGUUUGGAGGUGUGAAAAGUAUGGCUGAAGUUCUACAGCUGUUAUCCUCUUCAGGUGAAGUUCGUACGAAGAGUUCCAAUGGACAGAUUGAUGUUAUAUGUUUCAGCCUGCAACAACAAAUUAAAUUUUUUCAAAGUUUUCCGGAAGUAAUUUGCAUUGAUUCGACGUACAAAACCAAUAAGGUUGGUUUCAGUCUGUUCCAGUUAGUCGCCACAGAUGGGUGUGGAAAUGGUGCUUGUGUUAUGUUUGCUUUCUGUCAGAGGGAGAAUGUGGUAGAUAUCACGUUUGUCCUCGAAAUGUUUAAAGCCAUAAUGGGAUGUACCAAUGCUACGAGGACAUUUGUCAUGGAUAAUUGUCAGGCGGAAAUCUCGGUGCAACAAGUGUUUCCACAUUGCAGGAUAGUUCUUUGCUCAUUUCAUGUGCUGCGAGCGUUUGGUCGGAAGUUUCGGAAUAGUGAUGCACGGUUCGCACUACGAAGAAUGCUUUCAACGCGUUUUAGAGAAAGAUUUAACUAUUAUUACAGAUACAUUCGGCAUGAAUUCCCUCAAGCAUACCAAUAUUUAAAUGGACACUGGAUGAAUAACAGGAGAAUGUGGGCUAGAUGCUUCAGGAGGAAAUACAUGACAUUGGGUAACGGAACGAACAACAGGGUUGAGAGUGCUCACAAGCACCUGAAGUUGCACCUUCGACGGAAUGACCCACUAGUGCUAACCUUAAGGAAAGUUUAUAACAAAGCAAAGAAUUAUUGGCGCCUUCGACAGUAUGACACGCUGUUAACAUUGCAGAGAUUUCGUCAAUAUGAUGUAAGUAUAACUUCAUUAUUAUACCCUUUGUAGGCUCCACAGUUAAUUCAUGUGCACUUGGACAAAUUAACGCCGUAUGCUGCUAAAUUAGUCUUCAAAGAUUACCAAAGGGUUGGACGUAUUCAUCACUCGGUAAUCAGCAGCGACCUAAUUGAUUGCUAUGACGGAGUGGCCUUCAACUUAGUUGACAUUUCUAAUGGUGUAUGCGGGUGUCACCACUUCCAUGACUUGCGCAUAGUACAUGUAGGCAUGCAGUUAGCCUUUUAGAAAGAAAACUUAAACUCGUAGACCGUUAUUACUCUGAAUAUGCGUGCAAAUGUUAAGGUUUUUGAUUUCAGAAUGCGUUAAACAUCAUCUUCCAACAGGGCUACCGGAGAAGUAUACGUUCACC